AUGUUUUCUCCCCCUGACAUGGAAAUUCUUUCAAAGUUUCCUCCUCAAUCACAAGAGCAAAAGAUGCAGCCAAGAAAACAAGGAGAAUUCGAGUCUGUCCAUCGUGAUUUAAUAGUUGGAAUGGGGAAAUGGGAAUUUGAUCCAAUGGAACUCGAGAAUCCAUUUCCAAAUAAUGAAGGAUCUGUUCACUUAUGGAUGGGUGAUCAAGAUCGAUUUGUACCUGUGAAACUACAACGUUAUAUUGCUAAGAAACUCCCAUGGAUCAACUACCAUGAGAUCACAGGUGGUGGCCACUUGUUUUCUGUCACUGAUGGAAUGGCUGACACCAUUCUAACAACACUUCUAAAUGUGAAAGAUUAGUUCAUUUUUUUUUUGUUGUAUUUUACGAUAUUGAAUUUGAUUUGUGUAUUUAUUUACGCACUUUGUAACUAUAUGUUUUUUCAAUAAUUAUUGUGAUGGUGAUCGGUUUUUGAUGCUAGGAUCAUAGAAUCGAACGAUCAUACGAUUUGGUUUGCGAAUUUAAAAUUGCUUUCA